CCUCUUGGCUCCUCAGCUCCAGCCUGGCACCAUGACUCCUGUGAGGACCCAGUACUCCUUGGCGGGUCAGACCUACGCGGUGCCACUUAUCCAGCCCGACCUACGGCGGGAAGAGGCCAUCCAGCAGGUGGCGGAUGCCCUGCAGUACCUACAGAAGGUCUCUGGAGACAUCUUUACCAGGAUCUCCCAGCGGGUAGAGCUGAGCCGCUGCCAGCUGCAGGCCAUCGGGGAACGGGUCUCCUUGGCCCAGGCCAAGAUCGAGAAGAUCAAGGGCAGCAAGAAGGCCAUCAAGGUGUUCUCCAGUGCCAAGUACCCAGCUCCAGAGCGCCUGCAAGAAUACGGGUCCAUUUUCACGGGUGCCCAGGACCCUGGCCUGCAGAGACGCCCCCGCCACAGGAUCCAGAGCAAGCACCGGCCCCUGGACGAGCGGGCCCUGCAGGAGAAGCUGAAAUACUUCCCUGUGUGUGUGAACACCAAGCCAGAGCCUGAGGAUGAAGCCGAGGAGGGGCUUGGGGGUCUGCCCAGCAACAUCCGCUCUGUCAGCUCCCUGCUGCUCUUCAACACCACCGAGAACCUGUAUAAGAAGUAUGUCUUCCUGGACCCCCUGGCUGGUGCCGUGACAAAGACCCACGUGAUGCUGGGGGCGGAGACGGAGGAGAAGCUGUUUGAUGCUCCUUUGUCCAUCAGCAAAAGGGAGCAGCUGGAGCAGCAGGUUCCAGAGAACUACUUCUACGUGCCGGACCUGGGCCAGGUGCCAGAGAUUGACGUGCCGUCCUACCUGCCCGACCUGCCCGGCAUCGCUGACGACCUCAUGUACAGCGCCGACCUGGGCCCCGGCAUUGCCCCCUCUGCCCCUGGGGCCAUCCCAGAGCUGCCUGCCUUCCACACAGAGGUGGCUGAGCCUUUCAAGCCAGACCUAGAAGAUGGGGUGCUAACAGCACCUCCACCGCCACCUCCUCCCACAGCAGCCUCUGCAGGCCAAGGUGCCAGGGAGCACGACGGCACCAGUGGUGAAUCUCCUUUAGCACCAGUACAGGGAGCUCCCAAGGAAGUGGUCGACCCGUCAAGCGGCCGGGCCACCCUGCUGGAGUCCAUCCGCCAGGCCGGCGGCAUCGGCAAGGCCAAGCUGCGCAGCGUCAAGGAGCGCAAGUUGGAGAAGAAGAAACAGAAGGAGCAGGAGCAAGUGAGAGCCACGAGCCAAGGCGGGGACCUGAUGUCGGAUCUCUUUAAUAAGCUGGCCAUGAGGCGCAAAGGCAUCUCCGGGAAAGGCCCUGGGACCGGGGCCAGUGAGGGGCCAGGAGGAGCCUUUACCUGGAUGUCAGACUCCAUCCCACCUCUGCCUCCCCCACAGCAGCCACCAGGAGAGGAGGACGAGGAUGACUGGGAAUCCUAGGGGGCCUUGGCCAGUCCUUCCCCCAAACUCAGGCUGGGACUAUUGCCCUGAGAAGAAAGCAGCAGCUGGGCCCCUCGCCUGCAGAAUCUCUCAGCCCCUGCUGCCCCCACAGGGACAGGGAUGGUGGGACCGUCCAGGUGUGCCUGGACCUGAGAGGCAGGCUUGAGGCCACAGGGUAGAGGUGGCGCAGCUUUCCCUGUGCCCCACUCCUGUGUCCUUAGGCUGUUCUCCACUGAAGAGACUUGCAGAAAGCAGCUGGGAAGUCAAUAAAAAGUAAUGCAAAGA